GAAUUCUUCGAAGAACACCUGAAUGAUUUCUUCAAAGAAUGUGCUGCCGGACGUGAAUUCCGUGCGAAAGAAUCAAGGAGACAAUAGAAAUAAUACUAGGACAAGAAUAUGUACAGGAGAAAAUAAGACAAAUGGGUUUAUCUCAAAGCGACGAUGGAAUAGGUUUGAAAGCGCGGCUAUGGCGGCAUACGGUGUGUGUGUGGCGUCCUUGGCGGGCGGAGGCGGCGGCGGAGGCAUCGCGGAAAAGGAAUUCCUGCGCGGCGGCCAGGCGGUAAGCGUGAGCAUUCGCAUUGGGCCGCGGGGCCAUCGCCUAGCAUCCAGAUUUCGCGCCGUGCGAGCAUCCACAGCCGUGGCGGAGGAGGCCGCCGCGGAAUCGUCCACUCCAGCUGCAAAGCAAGUCCAGAGAUUGAAAUCGCAGUACCUGGACAAGGUUGUGCCGGCCAUGAUGGAAGAAUUUAGCUACACAAACACGCUCCAAGUACCAAAGCUCAAUAAGAUCGUCGUGAACUGUGGCAAUGGAGAAGGUGCUCAAAAUGCCAAGAUCCUCGAGGCCAUGCAAAAGGAUCUCUCGCUCAUCACGGGACAGAAACCAAUCGUGACCCGUGCGAAGAAAGCCGUGGCUGCCUUCAAGCUGAGGAAGGACGUCCCAGUUGGAAUCGCGGUCACUCUCCGGGGAGAGGUGAUGUACUCGUUCCUGGACAGGCUCGUGAAUCUAGCGUUUCCCCGAACGAGGGACUUUCAAGGCGUCAGCCCCUACAGCUUCGACGGCAAGGGCAACUACAACGUUGGCAUCAGCGACCAGAGCGUGUUCCCGGAGAUCAAGUUCGAGAGCAUCGACCAGCAGCGCGGAUUCGACGUCGCCAUUUGCACGAGCGCGAAUUCGGACAAGGAGGGGCAGCGGCUGCUCUCGCUGCUGGGAAUGCCUUUCAAGGACGACGCCGUCAAGCCUCCCAAGAAACGCAAGUCGGGGAAGUGGAACGUCAAGGGCGCCAAGGGCGGAGGCCGGCCCGUCCAGCAAAAGACCAAAGCCAAAAAGAAGAAAUAGAGAGAGAUGGCUUCUCAAAUCCAUGAGUUCUUCGAGCGUCGCAUUGGAAUCUUGGCCGGUGAUCCUACCGCCCACGAAUUUGCCCCAGGGCGCCGCGCGAUUCCAUCGCCAGCCACAAGCCCUAGAACCAGAGUAUCAUAAACCCUAACAUUUCAAAUGAU